ACUGCAUCUUUGAUGAUGUACUUGCCCCCUGUCUGUUGGUAGCUUAAAGCUUCUUCGUGUGGGUUCACUUGGGCUCAUUGCAGCAGGUUUAGUUGUCUUUGUCUUGAACAAAUCUCAAAUAAUUUCAAUGCGUUAACAUGGUUAAGUUCUGCUUUAAAAGUCCUUAAACAGUGUGUAUACAAAAUAAGCACAAUGAUGUGUGAUAUGCUGUAUAUACAGUAGAGUAAUGUUGGUAACAUGGGGAUAGUCAUUUAUGGAAAAGUAUGACCCCAGUUGUUCAGUUUGGGGUGCCUACAUAACCUUUCACCUCAUUUAUGAAUGAAUAGUGCCUUUUUUAUGUAUCAAAAGAAGACCUAAAAUGUGUAGCUGAAGCUUAAAGUAAUAACGUCUGGGCUGUUGGCUCAGGUACUUGAUCUUUGUACAUCUCAUUACAUUUCAAACUGACUGGCCAUUUAACACUAAAGAGGACCCUUUGAGUGGGAAAAAAACGAAACAAAGAUGAGGUUGGAUGAAUGGAGGGCGGGAUAGAGGGUGUGUCUGACCGUUGUGUUGACUCAGUAAGGAUCAGCUAUCCCUGCCUGCCUCUCUCAGCGCUCCACAGCGGCAUGCAGAGUCAGAGCUGACCCAGAGGGACAGGGCCAGCUCCCCUCCCUGUCUCAAGCUCCAGAACCACAACAGGCACAGCACCCACCUGGACCCAGCUGAGAUGCCCCUCCAUCGGGUGGAGAGUCAAAUCCAAAAACUGCUCUGGCAAAGUCAGGGAGUGAUACAAAAUAGCACCUAUCCUCUCUUCACACGUUCUGAUGUCUUACCAUACAUUUUAUUGUCAACCUUUUUGCUGGGCAGCAGAUGGAAAAAGCGUAAAACAACCACCAAUGGCUUCUACGGGAAGUGACCUGCGUAUCCAGGGGGAUGACAACCUCCAGUCCAUGAUCGUUGGCACGGUGAUGAGGAAGAUUAAGUCUCGCACCUGGAAGAAGCAGCGCUACUUCAAGCUGCAGGAGGACUGCAAGUCCAAGAAGGCCGGGAACACCCACUGCACAUUCUUUGUGAGUGACAUGGAGACGGUGCGUGAGGGCCACCAGUCAGAGGUUCUGCUAAGCAUCGCAGACGAGUUUCCCCCGGGCCGCUGCUUCACCUUGGUGUUCCGUGGUCGCCGUGGCAACCUGGACCUGGUGGCAGACUCGGCGGAUGAGGCCCAGUCCUGGAUCAAAGGCAUGAGGAAGCUGAUCGAGAACCUGGAGAACAUGGGCGAGAGUGAGAAGCUUGACCAGUGGAUCUGUGAAUGGUUUAAGAAGGCUGAUAAGAACAACGACGGCAGAAUGAACUUCCGGGAGAUCAGGGUCCUGCUGAAGAUGAUGAACGUGGACAUGAACGAACAUCACGCUCACCGACUCUUCAUGACGGCAGACAAGUCUCAGACGGGGACUCUGGAGGAUGAUGAGUUUGUCCUGUUCUACAAGAUGCUGACCCAGAGAGAGGACGUUCUCAGGGUGUUCCAGGACUACUCUGGCGACGGACAGAAGCUGUCUCUGCGGGACCUGGAGGAGUUCCUGAGAGAUGAACAACUGGAGGAGGUGGACGGGGUUCAGCAGCUGGCCAUGGAGCUCAUCGAGCGCUACGAACCCUCUGACACAGCCAAGAUACUGAAGGCCAUGUCUAUCGACGGUUUCCCGAUGUACCUGGCGUCGGCUGAGGGCUCCAUCUUCCACCCCAGACAACAGAGCCUGGACCAGGACAUGACCCAGCCCCUCAACCACCACUUCAUCUCCUCUUCACACAACACAUACCUGAUGGAGGACCAGCUUCGAGGACACAGCAGUGUCGAGGGAUACAUACGGGCUUUGAAGCGAGGCUGUCGGUGUGUAGAAGUAGACUGUUGGGACGGUCCCAAUGGAGAGCCUAUCGUCUACCACGGACACACUUUCACCUCCAAGAUCCUCUUCAAAGAUGUUGUGAACGCACUGAGAAACUAUGCCUUCAAGGUAUCAGAGUACCCGGUCAUCCUGUCCACCGAGAACCACUGCGGUGUUGAACAGCAGCGAGUCAUGGCCCAACACCUCAACACCAUCCUUGGGGACAAGCUGCUGAAAAGCCCCCUGGAUGGAAAGAUACCCGUCAGCUUUCCUUCUCCUGGGGAGCUGAAGGGGAAGAUUCUUCUCAAGGGGAAGAAGAUCGGAGGUCUGGAGGAGAGUCUGAACGGGCUGGUGGAGCCUGAGGACUCUCUGACAGGAGAGGUGAGCGACGAGGACGAGGCGGCUGACAUCGAUGAGGACAGCCUCCACUGCAACAGCCUCCGACGCACGGCCAAGAAAUCGAAGCAGCGUCUGUCAAAGCAGCUGUCGGACUGCGUCGUUUACUGCAAGAGUGUCCACUUCAGCAGCUUCAAGCACUCCCGCAUUCACUCCAAGUUCUACGAGAUAUCCUCCUUCACAGAGUCCAAAGCCCGCAAACACUUGAGAGAGGCAGGGGAAGAGUUUGUGCAUCACAAUGCCAGGCAGCUGACCAGGGUUUAUCCCAGUGGCCUCAGAACAGACUCCUGUCACGAAAACCGUUACAACUCCUCCAACUUCAACCCACAGGAGAUGUGGAACACAGGGACUCAAAUAGUUGCGUUGAAUUUCCAGACGGCAGGGGUUGAGAUGGACCUCAACGAUGGACUGUUCAGUCAAAAUGGCCGCUGUGGCUAUGUCCUCAAACCUGACUUCAUGAGGAUGUCAGAGAGGAGGUUCGAUCCUGAGGUUCCACAGAACCGGGAAGGCUACCAACCUCGCAGUCUCUGCAUUCAGGUGAUCAGUGGACAGCUGCUUCCCAAAGUGAAUAUCAAGGAGAGCUUGAUAGUGGACCCGUUUGUGAGAGUGGAGAUCCAUGGACUUCCUCUAGACCAGGCCAAGCAGGAGACCAGAUACAUAGACAACAAUGGGUUCAAUCCAGUGUGGUAUGACACUUUACGGUUCACCAUCCAUGCGCCUGAACUGGCCCUGGUACGCUUUGUGGUGGAGGACUACGACAAGGCGUCAAGGAAUGAUUUUGUCGGACAGUAUACCUUGCCUUUCUCAUGUAUUCAGCAAGGAUACCGUCAUAUCCACCUCCUGUCUAAGGACGGAACCAGUAUUCCUUCCGCCUCCUUAUUUGUACAUGUUAGAAUCACUAACCUUGUAUGAGCUGAACGUUAGAGAUUCCAGUCGCUGCUUACCUGUCUGGCAUUUACAAGACUUGUAGAUGGAACACACUGAAGGUGGAAGACACUGAUGGUGAAGAUGCUGAAGACGUGACUAAAAGAGAACAAACUUUCGUUCAUAGUUUUACCAGAAAGUUUUGACAUUCAAGAGCUAGUUUCACAAACUAUGUCAUGAAUACUUUCUGUAGCUACUUCCUCAAAAUAGUAUGUAAUGUUGUGCAUAUACUAAGCCAAAUGUUUUUUGUAACUAUUAAUGUACUUUUAAAAAGUAUGAUUGGUGUGGUUUUCACUUGUAAUCUACAAUUCUAUAUUUAUAAUGUGUAUUCCCAAUCAGAUGUAUUACUGAAGAACUGGCUCUGGGAUGAUUCUGUUUUUCCAGCUCUAUGUCAUCAAAUGCUAGUCAACUACACAACUGUACUUGAGAUUCUUUUUUGUUUUGCUGCAAUGAUAUGUAGCGGAGAAAUGUGCCACCCACUGGUCAAGAGUAAUGACACAUUUCAACCUAAUUUCAGUCAGUCUUCUUAUCCACACCACAUUAUUUUCUAUGAACCAAGCUCCUCAAGAACGUACCAUUGAUGAGGCUGUUUGGUUAGAGUUGCCUAGGCUUACUGUAGGACACUUUUCCUCCCUCUUUUGCCUAUUGGCAAGUUUUGGUUUAAAAUGGGUUAUGAUGCCAAUGAAAACUAUACUCCAUUCCUCAUCUCUCACUCGCUCUCUAAUGCAUAUUAUCAUUUCCAUGAACAAUAUUCUGAACAAUCCGUUUAGUAUAAACAGCAAUUAUAGCGGAACUCAAAAUGCCUCAACUCGUGUCAUCUGUUUUGCAUAAUUUAGUAGAUUUAAAUAUUUGCUGCUGGGUUAAUAGUUGUAUAUUUUUGUACACACACUGUGUGUGUUUGUGAUGUAUAGCAGGGGUCUUCUCAACCCUGUUCUUGGAGAGCUACUCUACUGUAGAUUUUCGCUCCAAUCCCAGUUGUAACUAACAACCAGCUUUAUCAACCAGCUAAUUAUUAGAAUCGGGUGUGCUAGAUUAGGGUUGGAGUGAAAACCUACAGGACGUUAGCUCUCCAGGAACAGGGUUGGAGAGCCCUGAUGUAUAGCCUAUUGUAUUGUGUUAUAGCAUAUCUAUUAACUCUUUUUUGUAACAUUGUCCAGUUCAGACUUCAUAUACCUGUAUUAUUUGUAUAUGUAUUUAGCUAUCUAUGCAUGUACUACUGUAGUUAGUUAUUUGCCAUAUCCAUUUGCAAAUAAAGAUACUUUUCAUUUA